AUGGAGAACCAUGGCCCCAAACCCAUCCGAUGCAAAGCGGCCGUGUGCAGGGCCGCCGGCGAGCCGCUGGCCAUCGAGGAGAUCGUCGUGGACCCGCCCAAGGCGCACGAGGUCAGGAUCAGGAUCAUCUGCACGUCGCUCUGCCACAGCGACGUCACGUUCUGGCGCAUGAAGGAUUUCCCUGGCAUUUUCCCCAGAAUCUUUGGCCACGAAGCCUUCGGGGUUGUGGAGAGCGUCGGCGAGCACGUGGAGGAGUUCGCCGCGGGAGACGCGGUGGUGCCGACGUUCCUGGGGCAGUGCAGCGAGUGCGUGGACUGCAGGUCGGCGCGGAGCAACAUGUGCUCCAAGUACCGGUUCGCGGUGCGCCCGGGGAUGCCGCGCGACGGCACCACCCGGUUCAGCGACGGCCAGGGGCGCCCGCUCCACCACUUCCUGGGCGUGUCCAGCUUCACCGAGUACACCGUGGUGGACGUGAACCACGUCGUCAAGGUCAACCCCGCCAUGCCGCCGGCACUCGCCUGCCUGCUCAGCUGCGGCGUCUCCACUGGGGUCGGAGCCGCAUGGAAGCAGGCGAAAGUUGAGCCUGGAUCUUCGGUCGCUAUCUUUGGCCUCGGCGCUGUAGGAUUGGCGGUGGCUGAAGGAGCCAGGAUUUGUGGGGCGUCAAAGAUAAUCGGCGUGGAUAUAAACCCUGAGAAAUAUGAACUUGGAAAGAAGUUCGGCAUGACACAUUUCAUCAAUCCAAAAGAACUUGGCGAGAAACCUGUCUACCAGGCGAUCGUUGAGAUGACCGACGGUGGCGCGGAUUACUGCUUCGAGUGCAUUGGACUGGCGGCGCUGAUGAACGACGCAUUUCGGAGCUCCCGUGACGGGUGGGGCAAGACGAUCAUUCUUGGAGUGGAAAUGCACGGUGCCCCUCUCUGCGUCUCUUCUCAUGAGAUCCUCCACGGGAAGUCUGUCAUCGGGUCCAUGUAUGGAGGGGUGAAGCCUAAGCAGGACAUUCCCAUUCUCGCCGAUAAGUACCUGAACAAGGAGUUGGAGCUUGACAAGUUCAUAACCCAUGAAGUCGGCCUCAAGGACAUCAACGAAGCUUUUGACCUGCUGCUCCAAGGGAAGAGUGUCAGGUGCACCAUAUGGAUGGACAAGUGA